UAGCAGCUAGCAGCAUUAGCUGGCUGUGAUGUAAUGAAUGAAGUGAAGACGGUACUGAGUCACAGCGCAGCUCAUUAUUGAACGAGUAAUUAAAGAAGAAUGAGUUCAGUUGAGAGUUUGAGAGAGUUUGUCAACGAGCGACUAACUGCUGCUGCUGAAGAAAUAUUCAGAGUUUUUAAAACAACUAUCGUCCAGUACGAGGAAGAGAUCGAUCGGCAGCGCGUCAUGCUGGAUAUCUGCUGGAAACCCCAAGUAAAGUUACACAGGAUAGAGCUCCCACAGCAACAUGUCUGUAAGGAGGAGGAGGUUCUGGCUGACCAGCAGCUCUGUAACCAGGAGAGGAACUCCAGUCUGGACCAAGAGGACCCAGAGCCUCCAGAGAUUAAAGAGGAACAGGAGGAACUCUGCACCAGUCAGGAGGGAGAGCAGCUUGUACUGAAGGUGGAGACGGAUACCGUCAUGUUGACUCCAGCUCAUGAGGAAAGUGACCACAGUGAAGCAGAACCAACAAGUGACCACCAGCUCCUCUCUAACAACUCUCAUGGAGCUGAGAGCCGAGACCAGAAAGGAGGAAAACAUGGAGACUCUGGAUCAGCUGGAGAUGGAGAGCUGAAGAAAAAGAAAAGACAUCAUGGAAGCAAAAGUCACAGCGAUAAUGCAAAAAGCUCUACCUCAUCAGACAUUCAACACAACACUCACCCAGGUGAAAAGUCCUUCAACUGUGACACAUGUGGAAAAACUUUUAAGUUCAAGUCCCAAUUGAAUACACACCUAAGAACCCACAGAGGUGAGAAACCGUUUACUUGCAAAAAAUGUGGGAAAGCUUUCAGCCAAGUUUCAACCUUAACAGUUCACAUGAGAACUCACACAGGUGAGAAGCCUUUUAACUGUGAAAUUUGUGGGAAAGCUUUCAGCCAUCAUUCAAGCGUAACUGUUCACAUGAGCGUCCACACAGGUGAGAAACCGUUUACUUGCAAAACAUGUGGGAAAGCUUUCACGACAAACAGUAACUUAACAGUUCACAUGAGAACCCACACAGGUGACAAGCCAUAUUCUUGCCAAACAUGUGGGAAAGAUUUCAGGUCUCAGGGUCAGUUGAUUCACCACAUGAGAACCCACACAGGUGAGAAACCGUUUACUUGCAAAACAUGUGGGAAAGCUUUCAGCCAACGUUCACGCAUCGCAGUCCACAUGAGAAUUCACACAGGUGAGAAACCAUUUACUUGCAAAACAUGUGGAAAAACUUUCACCCUAAACAAUACCUUAAAAGUUCACAUGACAACCCACACAGAUGAGAAACCGUUUACCUGUGAAAUUUGUGGGAAGUGUUUCAGGAGUCGUCCUCAAUUAACUGAUCACAAGAGAGUCCACACAGGUGAGAAACCGUUUACUUGCAAAACAUGUGGAAAAUCUUUCACGCUAAUAAGCACCUUAAAAGCUCACAAGAGAACCCACACAGGUGAGAGGCCAUAUUCUUGCCAAACAUGUGGGAAAGAUUUCAAGUCUCAUGGUCAAUUGAAUCAACACAUGAGAACCCACACAGGUGAGAAACCGUUUACCUGCAAAACAUGUGGGAAAGCUUUCAGCCAACGUGCAAGCAUAGCAGUCCACAUGAGAACCCACACAGAUGAGAAACCGUUUACCUGCAAAACAUGUGGGAAAGCUUUCAGAUAUUAUACUUCCUUAAGACGUCACAUGGGAAUUCACAGAGGUGAGAAGCCAUUUACUUGCAAAACAUGUGGGAAAGCGUUCAGCCAACGUACAAACUUAACAGUUCACAUGAGAGUCCACACAGGUGACAAGCCGUUUACUUGCAAAAAAUGUGGGAAAGCUUUCAGCCAACAUUCAAACUUAACAGUUCACAUGAGAAGUCACACAGGUGAGAAGUCAUAAGCUUGUAUGACCUGGGGAAAGAUGGUCUGAUCAGUCUGCUGUAACGAGACAUUUGAUGACACGUACAGGCGUGUAGCCUUGUAUUUGCAAAAUAUGUUGAAGGUGGUUCAGUUCUAGUGUUUCAUGCAUAAUCGAAGAACUUUAAAUGACAAACUUGAAGAAUCCUCAGAGGAUCAAUAUGCACAGAAGAAAUGAUGAGCUGAUGCUCAAUGUGAACAAUUUCCCCUUGAGAAGAUGUCAAAAUUAUGUUUGUGCAUCUUCAUGCUGAUUUGUCCAUAUUUGUUAAUGUGAUGAUUAAAAAGUCGAGUUAAUCGCU